AUGGUUCGAGUACAACAAAAGCAGAAGGAGUUUUAUUUUGGAUGGAAGUUUUUAACGAGUCUGGCAACUGUACUGCGCUUGAUGUAUCCACGUCUUGACUAUGCUGUUCUCUUAUCAAUCGCUUCAAUAGUGUGUGCUGGGGGAUAUGAAGUGGUCAGCUACAAUGUUGGCAAAAUUAUUGGAAAAUUCUACAAUGUAUUGCUUUCGAAAAACGAAGUGUCUUUCUGGAAACUCUUCUGGAAGGCUACUUUGAUAUAUUUCGGACAAAGUUUGGUAAUCGCUGGAUCGUCCUAUCGCCUAAAUAUAAUAAGAAAUUUGACCAGAGCGCUGCAUGAGCUAUACUACAGACGAAGCAUUUAUUAUACAUUGAAUUGCGUGGACAAUGCAGGAAUAGAUAAUCCGGAUCAGCGCAUAACUCAAGAUGUAGAGCGUAUGUGUAGUAUACUGGCAAAGAAUAUAUUUCCAUACAUUUUGAUUUCCCCCGGUGUUAUCGGAUGGUACACUUACACUACUUGGUCAAUAGCUGGAGGAUUCGGUGUAGCUAUCAUUUAUGUGUAUUUUAUUAUCAGUGUUAUUGCAAAUCGAAUUCUUGUUUCACCUCUCACAAAGUGGACUGCUAGGGUGGAGAAGCGCGAAGGAGAUUUCAGGUACAAACAUGUGACGGUACGAAACAAAGCUGAAGAGUCAGCCUUUUACAAUGCAGCAAAGUUCGAGGAAUUUGAGAGCGAUCUUUCCUUCAAGCGUCUUUUCAAUACACAGUUAAACGCAUCACUAUGGAAGUACCCUGCUCAAUUCUUGCAAAAUUUCAUUGAUUACUAUGGUGCAGUUUUGAGCUACCUGAUUAUAUUAUUUCCCGUGUUCAUCUUCCACUCCUACGACCAUAUGGAUGGGCCAACUCUAGCACAACAGAUUUCCAAUAACGCUUUCUACUUCCUCUAUCUAAUCAAUAGCUUUACGAGACUGACGGAUUUGGCCAUAGCAGCUGGAGAGAUGGCAGGAUACACACAAAGAAUCAAUGAAUUAAUUUGCUAUAUGAGACAGCUUAACAAAGAAGAUAGCAUUACUUGGAGUUUUGAUGCUCAUCAUGGAGAUCCUAAUGAUCUUCUUGUUACUAGAAACCUCAGCUAUACUAGUCCAGGGGAGACUGACGACUUAGUUUCAGACCUAAACCUGAACCUCAAGAAAGGUCAAAGGCUGUUGAUAACUGGUACAAGUGGUGUGGGCAAAUCAUCCUUGCUAAGAAUAAUCAGGAAGUUAUGGAGACCUCAUUCAGGUAAAAUUGUGAGAAACUUCUCUUUGGCUGAGACCAUGUUCAUCCCUCAGCGUCCGUACUUCCCUCCUGGUCAACUGUCACUAAGGCAACAAGUUGUGUUCCCUCUGAUAGAUGAUGGAGAAGACAGCUCAUUACUAGACAGUAAUAAAGUGCUCAAAAUCCUGGAAGCUCUUCGCCUACGCUCGCUAAUCUCUAUGUGUGGCGGUCUGAAGGAUCCAGCAAAUUUUGAAUGGCAAGAUAUGCUCUCACCUGGAGAACAACAACGCCUUUCAAUAGCAAGAGUACUCUUUCACAAGCCCAAUCUUGUGUUUCUCGACGAGGCUACAAGUAGUCUCUCGGUUGAUGCAGAAGCUGCUGUUUAUCAAUUACUAAACGAACAUGGAAUAACGUAUGUGUCCUCUGGACACAGACCUUCGUUGAGACUCUUUCAUGAUGUGGAGCUACAACUGACUAAAGAUCACGGAUGGAAGUUAGUCAACAUCGAAGUUAAUGAGAAAACCGAUGAAGUUUCUCCAGUCAACUUCUCUACCGUUGAUCAUUUCUAG